AACAGAUCCUGGGAAUUUGCAAUGCCGUUAAUUGGGUUGAUUUGCCGACUGACCUUGGCGGAACGGAUCUAUCAUCUCUGUUCAAGACACCGUCCUGGCCCGCAAUGCUUCGAACAAUCAGCUCUCGAAUUUCACGACGAUUUUACACGACAUCACGCUACGAAACAUACCACGGUGGAGCGAUAAAGACAUAUUACAAUCCAACUUUGACGGGACUUUCACCAUCGGAGAACGAGUUUCGAGAAGCUGUAUGGGAGUUUUCAGCGAGAGUUGUUAAACCAAAGGUCGAUGAAAUUGAACGAGGUGGCAGCUAUAGUGCGUUGAUGGAAUUGCACAAGGAAAUUGCUGGGAUGGGGCUACAUGGUCUUACUGUUCCUGCCAAAAACCUUGGAUUAGAACUUGGUUAUACACAUCAUUUACUCGCCAUGGAGGCUCUCUCGUAUUCCUCUGCAUCUCUAGCCCUGUCUUAUGGCGCUCAUUCGAAUCUAUGUGUUAACCAACUAUCGCGCUGGGGGUCAGAGGCUCAGAAAUCUGAAUGGCUACCGGGUUUGCUGGAUGGGAGGUACUUGGGUGCUUUGGCAAUGUCCGAGUCCGGCGCAGGGUCCGAUGUCUUGGGGUGUAUGAAGACCGUAGCAAAAAAGGUCGAUGGUGGAUAUCUAUUGAAUGGUAACAAGUUCUGGAUUACCAACGGGCCAAAGGCGGAUGUCUUCAUCGUUUAUGCGAAGGAUGUUGUUGAGCAUGGGGCUAAACAAACAUACACAACCUUCCUCGUUCCACGUAUAACACCAGGCUUCACCACCGGUAAACCUCUCGACAAAUUCGGUAUGCGCGGUUCUCCAACCUGUGAACUAAUCUUCACCGACGUCUUCCUACCCCCCUCCUCCAUCCUCGGCGACUCACAGCACCACGGCGCAAAAGUACUUAUGUCCGGACUCGACCUCGAACGCCUCGUUCUCUCCGGUGGGCCCCUAGGUAUCAUGCAAGCAGCAUACGACACCGCCCUCGAAUAUGUCCACCAACGAGAACAAUUCGGUGUCAGAGUCGGGACCAUAGGCAGUAUGCAAGCCAAAAUCGCGGAUAUGUAUACAAAGCUUAACACCGCCAGGGCUUUCGUCUAUUCCGUCGCGAGGGCCGUGGACUAUCAUACUCAGGAAGCCGCUCCUGGCUAUCCCGUCUUCCAAAGGAGAGAUUGUGCCGCCGCGAUCUUGUAUGCGACCGAUAAAGCUAUCGAGGUUGCGUUGGAGUGCAUGCAGUGUUUAGGUGGCAAUGGUUAUAUCAAUGAAUACCCUGCUGCACGAUACCUCGCUGAUGCGCGUUUAUACGCCGUCGGUGCUGGGACGCAAGAGGUUAGGAGGUGGUUGAUAGGCAGGGAGGUCAACUCGGAUUUCGAGUAGGGCGCGUGUCUGGAGAAUUGAAAUCGUGCUUGUACUUGUAAUUUGGAAUCAAAUUUACAUGUGUAUCUUGGUUGUAUAUUUACUUACUUAUUUUGGAAUUCUUCAAAGCAGCAUGGCGCAGUGGUAGCGCGCGGGGCCCAUAACCCCGAGGUCACUUGAUCGAAA